AUAAAUAGUCCUCAUUUCUAUAUUUAUUAAAUCAUCAAGUAACUUUCUAUAUUACUGUUUUGAUAUUUCACAACUCAUAAUUCGGUUUACAUCAUUAUAUUGAUUGAUUGAAAUUAACUCAAAUGUAACUCCCCUCUGCAAAGUCUAGUUGGGAAAUUACGCUAUGUUUAACCCGGAAGAGAGACGAAUGCAGUUCGAUUGAAGAGACUUUAUCAUUCUUGAACAGAAGGCCAGAUGAACAACCUGAAUGACCCCCAGGAAUGGAACAUCAGGCCAGAGCAGAGAGGGGGUGGUGGUGGCAGCGAUGGGAACAAGUGGAACUAUGCCCUACUGGUGCCCAUGAUCGGCCUCGCUGCCUUCCGGUGGAUAUGGUCCAGAGAGUCACAGAGGGAAGUGUUGGAGGUGAAAGAAAAGUAUGACAAGAGCAUGCAGGUCAUCUGCGAUAACAUGGAGCUGAAGUACAAGGACACGCUGAGAGAGAACCGACGGGAGACGGUCCACCUGGAGCUGGAACUGGAGAAGGAGAAGAACCGCGUGCAGGGCUACCGCCAGGCCAUAGCCUCCCAGAGCCAGCAGCUGAUGGAGGAACGCAGGAGGCUUAGCCAGGAGCGGGAGGCCCUGACUAGGGAGAAGAGCCGGCUGCUGCAGGCUGGCGGAGCUGGGGCCCUCCUCCACACGGCUCUGGAGAGGGAGAGUGAGAGCGAGUGGCACCGGGGAGCCAUAGCCGCUCUGAGGGAGGUGGAGGAGGGUCUGGUGGAGAGGCAGGGGGCUUUCUGCAGCAUCCUGGUGCCCCGGGAGAAGAGGCUGGAAAUGGAGAAGGACUUGCUGGUCAGAGCUGGCAGAGAACGGGCUCUCGCCCAGCUGGAUAUGGAGGCCGGCCUCAAGGACAUAUUUAAAAAUGACCGCCACUGUGCACAGUACCUGAACACGGACAAGCGCAAGAACGGUAGUCUGAUGUGGAUCUACCUCAGAUACUGGCAGCUGCAGGUCACACUACAGAAACACAGGAGAGCAGAGGCCACAUUGUUGGAAACACAGUCUAGCAAUCUAUGAUGUCACUGGGAUUAUGACCCAAAGUGAUAUUUAUUCAUGUGUAAUAUGUCCUAUGAGGAAGGACAAGCAUUUGAAAUGAGUACAGAAAAUUAUUGUUGAUAAUCUAAAAAUGUGUAUCUGAAAGACAAAGUAAAAACUGUAAACAAUAUGGUUAACCCUGUAAAGCACUUAUUGAGCCUAAAAUGUUAUUUGCAUGACCAAUAUCCUAUUCAUAGAAUCCUAUAGUGUUUUAUUUUUUAUUAAACUAAAUGUUUCCAUCAUACAGUACAUCUCAUCUCAAACCUGUGUUUGUGAGGUAUGUAAAUAAAGUACCACACUGGCACUGUGUAUAUCAGUUGUCAUGACGCUAGCCCUUUCAAUGAAUUGGCUAGCAGAGAUGUGAACAACCCCCUACUGUGAGGGUCACAUUAGAACAAAGGAACUCUCCCGCCAAAUACUCCUAAUUAAACAUUGUUCCUAAUUUAGAGAAAGUGGAAACAGUUGGUGGAGAAGCCAACUAUGACCCGGUCUGUUUUGUUUCAUGUUUGUGACCUCAUGAAAGACAAUACAGGCACGUUACCCUAACUCUGUUUAUACAGGUUCCUCAGUUAUGAGGCUUGCAUCUGAAUGUUGGAUAAAAUGUUUGACGAAGUAUAAGAAUACUUUUGAAAAGAUAACAAUGUGAUUUAGUCUUCUAAAAUUAAAAGUGUUUGUUUUAUGGUAACGUGUGCCCAGUCAGUGGCCCCGCCCAAGUAAAUAGAAAUAAUGAACCAACCCCUUUUCCACUCUUGAAUAAAAGCCCCGGUGACGAAAAGUCACCUGUUUUAAAAAGGGUUAAUUCUAAUUUCAACUCUACAGGCCAGAAAACCUGAGAGCUUGUGCCACACGUGAAAUGGUGUGAACUAUUGAUCACUCAAGAAGAAGUGAGUCCAAGAUUACAGCCUAACAGACUGCAGCUGGAAAGGUAGCAAAUCUAGUAAGAACAUUGACCUAAGCAGAAAAUCACAUCUCACUCUUAAAACAACCCGGAAGAAUCUACAAAGGACAAUGGCGACCUCGACUGGGCAAACCAGAGCCUCACACCACCAGCUCAACUAUCGAAGCCAGCUUCACGUAAAUACAAUGCAUUACCUUUCUCCGAACGAGCGAUCAUUAGUGGCAUAUGUAUUUAUGCGAGAAUAGCUUCCCAUGUCUGAUAGACCCAUUCCUUUGUCUUCCUUCCUUCCUUCCACCCCCCCCACUCUGAAUCUAUCGUGUUAUAACCAAACGGCUUUUGUUUAGUCCAUUGGAUGGUAUUUACUGUAUAAUGUAUUGUAUAUUCUGUAAUUGUUUAAUUAGUUAGUCAAUAAAUAAUUGAGCCAA